AUGGAUGGGGAAGAAGUUUGGGAUGGAGAAGAAAAUGAAGUUAAGGAAGCAGAAGAAGUAAAGGAGGAUGGAGAAGAAGUUAGGGAAGGAGAAAAAGUUAAGAAUGAAGAACAAGUUAGGGAAGGAGAAGAAGUUAAGGAUGGAGAACAAGUUAGGGAAGUAGAAGAAGAAGUUAAGGAUGGAGAAGUAGUUUGGGAUGGGGAAGAAGUGAAGGAAGGAGAAGAAGUUAAGGAAGAAGAAGAAGAAGAAGUUUUGGAUGGAGAAGAAGUUAAGAGUAAAGAAGAAAGUAUGGAUGGGGAAGAAGUUUGGGAUGGAGAAGAAGUUAAGGAUGGAGAAGAAGUUUGGGAUGGAGGAGAAGUUUGGAAUGGAGGAGAGGAACCGAUGUAUGGAGAAGAAAUUAAGGAAGAAGAAAAUGAAGUUAAGGAAGAAGAAGAAGUGAAGGAGGAUGGAGAAGAAGUUAGGGAAGGAGAAAAAGUUAAGAAUGAAGAACAAGUUAGGGAAGGAGAAGAAGUUAAGGAUGGAGAACAAGUUAGGGAAGGAGAAGAAGAAGUUAAGUAUGGAGAAGUAGUUUGGGAUGGGGAAGAAGUGAAGGAAGGAAAAGAAGUUAAGGAAGAAGAAGAAGAAGUUUGGAUGGAGAAGAAGUUAAGGGUAAAGAAGAAAGUAUGGAUGGGGAAGAAGUUUGGGAUGGAGAAGAAGUUAAGGAUGGAGAAGAAGUUUGGGAUGGAGGAGAAGUUUGGAAUGCGGGAGAAGAACCGAAGUAUGAAGAAAAAAUUAAGGAAGUAG